CGUGCCCCUGGCAGCUACCAUGGACAGGACCGCCGUGGCGAAGAUGGGAGCGGUGGCCAGCGCCAGCGUGUGCGCCCUGGUCGGCGGGGUGGUGCUGGCCCAGUACAUCUUCACCAUGAAGAAGAAGACGGCCUGUAUGCAAGCCCUGCGUCUCUGGACUCUGCUUGCCACCUAUGCUGUUGCAGUAGGACAAAAUCAAGGACAGAAGAAUCAGGAGUGCCCUAAGCUCAACGCACAGAUGCCAGAAUUUCAGAAGAAGACUGUCCAUAUUAAGGACCCAGGGAGAGUAGAGGAGAUUAUUUGUGGCCUCAUCAAAGGUGGAGCUGCCAAACUUCAGAUUAUUACAGAUUUUGAUAUGACAUUAAGUAGAUUUUCCUACAAUGGAAAAAGAUGUCCAACUUGUCAUAACAUCAUUGAUAACUCUAAGCUCAUCACAGAGGAAUGUCGGAAAAAGUUAUUGCAGCUGAAAGAAACCUAUUAUGCUAUUGAAAUUGAUCCAGCUCUCACUAUUGAAGAAAAAUAUCCAUAUAUGGUAGAAUGGUACAAUAAAUCUCAUGCACUACUCAUUGAACAAGGCUUACAAAAGGAUAAGUUUGCAGAAAUCGUGAGGGAAUCUGAUGUUAUGCUGAAAGAAGGAUAUGAGAAUUUCUUUGAUAAGCUCAGUGAACAUAAUAUUCCUGUAUUCAUAUUUUCUGCUGGGAUUGGGGACAUUCUUGAGGAAGUUAUCCACCAGGCUGGGGUCUACCAUUCUAAUGUCAAAGUGGUUUCCAAUUUCAUGGAUUUUGAUGAAAAUGGAAUAUUAAAAGGAUUUAAAGGAGAAUUGAUUCAUGUUUACAACAAACAUGAUGGUGCCUUGAAGAAUACCGAGUACUUCAAACAACUAAAAGACAACAGUAAUAUCAUACUGCUGGGCGAUUCCCAAGGAGACUUGAGUAUGGCAGAUGGAGUAGCAAAUGUUGAACACAUUCUUAAGAUCGGCUAUCUCAACGAUAAAGUAGAUGAGCUUUUGGAAAAAUAUAUGGACUCUUAUGAUAUUGUCUUGGUGAAAGAUGAAUCCCUGGAAGUUGCCAACUCCAUCCUACAGAAAAUCCUGUAAAUUGCAGUCUCAAGUCACUCCGUUCCUUCCAGGAGGCAACUGGACAGAAGAGCACAUGUGUGCUAUCUUAGAUGUGUUUAUUACUCAUUUACAGAACUGUUUAAUUUAAUUUAAGACUUUUAUCUCCAUUUUGGUAUUUUGUCAACCAGACGCUCCUUUUACUGCUCUUAUGCUGUUCUUUAUUGUCUCACACUCCUAUUAUAAAUAGAUUUAAAUUGGAUUUAUAGAUGUGAUAAACUGCUGCUGAUGGGA